CCCAGAACGCUGGGAAGGCGAGGGGGACGUGCCAUGGGGAAUCCGGGGCGCGGUUCGAGCGAGGGGGUGCCCCAGGGUGCUGCGGAGGUGACGGGGACGCGCCAUGGGGCGAUCCGGGGCGCGGGCCGGCGACGGCGGUCUCUGCGGCAGCCGGCAGGGCCUGUGGAUGCCCGGAGCAGAAAGAAGGCUCUGGUGGCUGGCAUCACCUUGGAGAAGAGCUGCAGACUAACCAGACAGACAGAAAGCACGGAGCAAACCCCCAGAAGUCUCUGACCACCCUGCUGCGCUGCGAGGCCCACCCAAGGCCCCUCAGGGGAGGAUGGUCAUGGAGGUGCCAUCAACUUCUGUCAGCUGUACAACAUCCUUUCAGUGAGGAGGCUGGGUUUGUCUUUUCAAGUUAAGCAGUCCAGGCCAUGGUGUCAGAAUCGCAGGAGACACCUGACAAGUCCCCCCUGAGGUGGGUGCCUCGUCUGUCAACUCCACACCUAGUAAAGUGCACACAACUGUCACCAGUAAAGGCCGUGGCCAGGGUGCCACACUCACCUGCGUGCUGUCCCACGUGUGGUUCUUAGGUGUCUUCAGAAUGUUGAGACUCGUUUCCUUCCAACACCACCCUCCACAGGGUGCGCCUGUAAAUGGCCUGCCUCCUCGUCUGUACCAUUAAGAACCCUCAAACCCACCAGCUGAAAAGUGUGUUCAUCAGAGCAUUUGGUGCAAAGCAGCUGGCAGCUGUCGUUGCGGGAGGAUCAGCUCAGAGAGGCCUCAGGUGCGGGAGCCCGGGGGUGGGGGUGGAGGAGUUCCAGCCAGUGAUGAGCGGCCGCGUGCCGCUGGCAGAGAAAGCCCUGUCUGAAGGCCAUGCCCGGCUGCGGUACAGGGACACCUCCCUGCUCAUCUGGCAACAGCAGCAGCGAAAAUUAGAAUCUGUGCCACCCGGGACAUACCUGAGCAGGAGCCGAAGCAUGUGGUACACCCAGUACGGGAACGAGGCCAUCUUGGUCCGCGACAGAAACAAGCUGGAGGUCUCCCGGGACACGGGCCAGUCCAAGUUUUGCACAAUUAUGUGAUUCCAGUGUGAAAACCGGGGCCAGGCGCCACGCUGUGAGAACAGGCCCCGUUUCCUUCAGUGGGUUUUCCUUGUGGAUUCCUAGGCCUUCCCAGGAGACUGAAUAGUGAUCGUGAAGACCAAGCUGUGGGGUAAGAACACACGACUGGCAGAAAUGCCUCUGUCACUGUCGGUGCGACCUGUAGGCCCAGAGUCUGGCCUCCAUUCUAACUGUCCAGGCCAGGGCACCACUCGAUCUGCUUGGCACGCCUCCAAUACAGCAGCCAAGAGGGGUACUCUGGUUACCACCUUUUCGAGUGUUGUGGGUUGUUCUCAGUAUUCACUACUGCCUGGUGAAGAAUAAGUCAGACCUAGAAAAAGGGGAAGAAACAGGCGUGUAUGGUGGAAAAUCCAUUCAUAGGAGCAGGAUGGGUGUAAUGUAAAUGGUCAUCAACAGCAUGUCCACGGGAAUUUUGAGGCACCUACAUUUUGAGUCCAGUUACCAAAAUGACCACCGUGUGUACACUGUGGUGGCGUCCACAUUAACUUCCAAAUAGUGGAGGACUGCAGGCAAGUCCAUCCAAAACACAUGAAGGAAAACAAAAAUUACUUUGAAGUUCCACAUCAGUUGCUUACAGGGGU